CCUUCGGAUAGUUGAGAAACAAAACCCUAACCUGCAUCGCAAACAUCAAAACAGCAUUUCCCCCUCGUCGUCUCUGCAAACCCUAAUCCCCCAGCUCCUCUGAUCAAAGCUAGAAGAAAAUCAAUGAGAAUUUGAUUCACGAAACGCGGGAGAACUCCACUGCUUACUAUCAGAACCCACACACACUCGCAGUCUACCCAUGGCUAUGCCCACCGGAAACGGGAACGGCGUCCUGUUUCCCGCGAUGUUGCAGGUCACCAGCAGCAGGCUGAGGCUGAGCCCUAACUCGGAGCACAAGCCGGAAGCCUACGACGACCUGCAAUUGGAGUUCAGCCCUCUGCUCUUCAGCUCACUGGAGCGUUACUUGCCUCCGGCGAUGCUCAAUUUGUCCCGUGAUGCGAAAAUCCAGUUCAUGAGAGACAUCCUCGUUCGCUACUUCCCUGAGGCCGAGCGAACUCGCGUCCAAAAGCAAAGGGAAUACAGGGAGAGGAUUAUGUCUAACUAUCAGCCUCUUUACAAGGAGCUUCAAACCCUUGAUGAGACGAAAUUUUUUGUUCCGUCAUUUCUCCAAGCAGUCAAUGCAGGCACAGAGGAGAGUCUCAGAAAAAUCAUAAUAGAACCCACACCUGGAGUCUACUCAUUUGAAAUGCUUCAGCCAAACUUCUGUGAAAUGUUGAUUUCUGAGGUGGAAAACAUUGAGAGGUGGGUGCAUGAUACAAAAUUCAAAAUCAUGCGGCCGAACACAAUGAACAAAUAUGGUGCUGUUCUUGACGACUUUGGCCUGGAACCAAUGCUUAAUAAGCUUAUGGAUGUUUAUCUACGUCCAAUGGCAAAAGUUUUCUUCCCCGAGAUUAGCAGAUUAGCUCUGGAUUCUCACCAUGGUUUCAUUGUCGAGUAUGGAGCUGAUAAAGAUGUUGAGCUCGGUUUCCAUGUCGAUGAUUCAGAAGUCACCUUGAAUGUUUGCUUGGGUAAGGACUUCUUUGGCGGAGAAUUGUACUUCCGUGGUGUUCGGUGUGAUAAACAUGUGAACACAGUACCCCACCCAGAGGAAAUAGGGGAUUAUACCCAUAUUCCAGGACGUGCAGUUCUUCAUCGAGGUCGCCAUAGGCAUGGUGCCAGAGCCACAACUUCUGGGCAACGGUUAAACCUGAUUUUGUGGUGCAGAAGGUAAAACAUUUAUAACUUCCAGCUAGCUUCCUCUUUUCCCUCCCAAGAGAGAGGAUAAUGGAAUACAAAUGUCGGUAAGUUCAUUUCCAUAUGUCUUCCAGUUCGGCAUAUCGAGAGCUGAAGAGAUAUCAGACCGAAUUCUCUAGUUGGUGUGGAGAGUGUCUUCGUCGGAAAAAAGAAAGGCAGCACAGGGCAGUUGCAGCAACCAAAAUGGAACUGCUGAAGCGGGAUGGUAUAUCUACAUCGUGAACUUCGAACUUUGCACUCAUGUUUCUUUUAGGCCUUUGAAGUUCUAAAGAUGGUAUGGCAACCUGUCGCGACCCCGUUCCAGUUACAGCGUUUUCUGGAGUGUAGCAUUGAACCAUCCUGGUGCACUCGUAAGGCAUUUCGAAUCGGAGGGUGCUGAAAAGAGGGACACAUUUUGGAUCAUGCUAGACAUCAACCCUUCCACCUUCCCCAGAAAAGGGAAAGAGGUGGAAAGAAAUGUCACUGAACAGCUUUUACAUACUGCUACCCCUUUUUUAGGGCGCUGAACAUGGUAGUUGCUGGACAACGUCUGCAUCUGUAUUCUGUGCAGUUUGUUUUUGUUUCAAAACUUGGUGGAAUGUUGUGUGGUUUCAGCCUGAAAAUAUACGCAAUCCGAUUCUCAUUGUACUUGCUGUAGACUGGAGACAGUGUCAUCAGCUCAAGCUACUCAUACCUGGUGUGAGAUGAAAAAACUAGAAGCACAUACUGCUGUUCAUUUCAUUUCGAUUACAA